AAAUUCGAGCCCUAAUCCAAACAACGGCACUCUCAGUCAGGAGCAGGCGCAAGAAAGAUGUCGCACUUCGGCAAAUCGGGUCCGCCGGAUAUCAAAGACACUUACUCCCUCCUCGUCCUCAACAUUGCUUUCCGCACCAUCGCAACGACCUCUUUCCUCUCUUCGAUAGGUACGGAAAGGUCGUCGACGUCUUCAUCCCUCGGGACCGAAGGGAGAGUUGUGGAUGGAAGAGAGAUUAUGGUUCAGUUUGCCAAGUAUGGGCCUAAUGCAGAACAAAUUCAUAGGGGGAGAAUAGUAGAAACAUCUUCAAAUGGAAGAAGAAGGUCAAGGAGCUGAAGUCCUUGUCGAAGGUAUCAUGAUGAAUAUAGGGACAGGGAGAAUAGGAGGAGAAAUUGUAGUAGAAUGAAGGGAUAAAUAUGAUUGUGACAGGUACCAGGGCAGGGAAAGGGAUGAUCAUCAUUGAAGCAUGAGCCGGAGCAUCAAUCCUGAUCACCAGUCAUUGUGGGAGGAAUAAUCAGAGGGCCCGGUCUAAUGGAAGCCCGAACUCUAGGAGCCAAUCUCCUUGCAGGACACAUCAUGGAUUUGAGAAUCCUGAUGAACACAAUGGUAACGAUGAUUCUCCUGGACCAAGAAGUGUUUCACCAUGUGGCUGGCGUGCCGAUUCUCAAAGCAUGUCUCCUCAUAGGUCCUAUAGUGAUGAAUGAUGGCAAAAUGCCAUGUCCUUAACGCAUCACAUCCGAGUGAGUUGGACUUAACUGGUUCUGUAAUGCAGAAGAAAUAUUGAAGUAAUGCUUACUAUCAGCAAAAUAUUGAGUUAUAGAGUUGGCUGCAAGUAGUGUUUAUUGAGGUUUAAGUUUCUUUGUUGAAGUUUCUUUGCUAAAAAUGUAUCACUUCUAUUCUUUAUCAGUUGAUAUUUUCUGCUUUAUGCUUGUUACUUGAGAAACAAAUUGCGUUGUUGAUGUAUUUUUGUGACAAGCUUGCAUGUAUUUAUUCAAGAUCUUUGCUCUGUACUCUUUUUUAGGCUCUUGAAUAAAUUUCAUUGUUUUAU